GCCCCCGAACAGAAAAACAAAAAUGGAGUUGGGAACAACGGGCAAGUCAGCUCUUUAAGGACGUUCGCUUUCGAUUCUGAUACAGUAAUCUAAACAGAGGAGCUAUUUCUUUGUUAAUAUUAAGUGGCACGAUGCCAUGAUACCGAUAUCCUACGUUGUUAAUAGUUUAUAGCGGUCGUAGGAAGCUGUCGAACAGAUAAACACACCGGUGUCCUGGCUACGACAAAGACAACAGGGCUUAGGUAGUAGCUAGCUACAGCAGCAACGUCUGCUGUUUUUCACCCUCAACGUGCUCUGAAGACCGGGGAGAAAUGGAGAAGGUACGUCUGCUGCUACUACUCUGUUUGUGUAUUGUAAGCUUUAAGUAGUUUAUCUUUAUAGGCGCCAAUAACUGUGUUACGGUGUGGGAAGUACUGGAUAUGAAAGUGCCUUUGUAUUUAGUUGAACUUUAGGAACAAGCUGCUCUCUGUUAUCCUCUAUGGUUGUUGUUGAUGGCAUCAACGUUGCCACCUCACACUUAGUUUCCUUUUAAAACGAUUUUUUUUGCCUCUUUUGUCUGUUCUGGUUCCAGGGAGAGUUCCUCAAAGGACUACCUGUCUACAACAAAAAUAACUUCAGCAGGUUUCAUGCAGACUCUGUAUGCAAAGCAUCGGUAAGUUACCUUAUUGUUUCUCACAUUUAAGACAAAACAACAAGUCUUUGGUCAAAGAAGUGUAUUUUUGACUUAUGUCGUUUGGUCUGGUUUAGUAGACUUAACAUGAAUUUUGACUUUCUCUAGAACCGCAGACCAUCUGUCUAUGUUCCAACCAGAGAGUAUCCAUCAGAGCAGAGUAAGUGCAUUGAUCUUUGAAAACUAACCAAUCAAUUGAUCAAUCAAUCAAUCAGGCUUGUUUUCAAACAACAAGAUGCAGUACAAAGAGCUUCACAUGAGCAGAGAAUCAUUAAAAACUAGUAAGACAAUUAGCAAAACUAAGUAAAAUGCCAGACUAAAAAAGUAGUUGUUGAUUCUGCUUUUAAAAAUGUUGAUACCUUGCGCCACCCUCUUCAGAUGGGCUGUUUUGCAGUACAAAGCUGCAUAACUUCAUUUUUUAGAUUCAUUUUUUCAUAUGUACUUUAGGCACUAUUAAAAGACCAGUACCUGGUGAGCUGGGGUAUCUCAUAGGCUCAUGAGUUAGAAGUAGAUCUGAUAGAUAGGAAGGGGCUAGAACACAAAGAGCUUUGCUUAACAAUAAAAGAGCCUUAAAAUUUAUUUUAAAAGAUACCAAUAAUCAAUACAGAGACACUGUCUGAUCUGAAUCAGAGCUUUGCUGGGCUUGGGAGUAAAAUGUUCACAUUUCAGUAAACAUUUUGGUAAGAUGGAUCAAGAGGGAAUUUAAUCCUCAUUUUCAAGCUUUUUUGAUCGUCCUAAUCACUUUUGUAUUAGCUUAGCUUUGCUCAGUGUAGAGCUCAGUAAAUUCUUUAUUUAAUUCAGACUGGAGUCUUUGAAAACCCUCAUUCUAGCCCCUGUCUGAAAUACUUUAUUUCAGUCACUUUUAAGGCAUUUAAAGUUCUAAAACUAUGGCACCUAGUGCUUCGGAACUCUCCUCCACUGUUGCAAUAAUAAAAUGUUGUCCUUAUUGGGUUGAAAAAAUUUUCACAAUUAAAAAUGACAAAUUAUAAACUACGGCCAUUUGUUUUAGAGCCUCAGUCUAACCUGGGAAGUUUGGGAAAGGUCAGGAAAAUCCUUAAACAGAAAACAGUUUUAUGUCGAGGGUGCCCUUUUAAGGAGAUCCCAGUUUGAGCUAACCUGGUGUGGAUCUUACUUGGAGUUAUUUUCCGAACAGGCGGUUCAGAGCAGCCGGCAGUCUUAUCUUUCUCCAACACAAGUGUACCUCACAGUUUCACAUUUAGCCCAUGUCAAAUCCAAACAACCAACACUUAUAGGUAAUGUUGUAAAAUAUGAAAAAACCUGCUCAAUCGUGUAUCCCCACAAACUCCUUUUUUGUUGUUGUGUAUUUGUCUAUAAUGUGGUAAUCUCUGAGAGAGUUAGUCAAGUUGAUAUUCCUCACACUCACACCCGAUCUGAGCUGCAUUUUCUAAUACACUUUCUUUGAAAUGAUCAUUCACUUUUCUGUCUUUUGCUCAGUCAUAGUCACAGAGAAGACAAACAUCCUUCUGCGAUAUCUUCAUCAGCAGUGGGACAAAAAGGUAACGCGUUUAGAAUAUUUCAUUUAAUUAAAGAAUUGAUGCUGAUUGUAUCAUUUGAGACAACAGAUGCCUUCUGUUUCACACUUUGUUAAGCAAACUCCUUUUUUUCUCUCAUCAGAAUGCAGCCAAAAAGCGAGAGCAAGAACAGCCAGAAGGGGAGAACAUGGCGCCUCCACGGAAAAUUGCCAGAACAGACUGUCAGGGGCUGAAUGAAGAUUCAUGAGUUGCUGUGACGCAAAUGCAGCCCAGCAAAGACUGGCAUGUACACAUGGGCGCAGGAUACAUACGUUUGCAAACCUGGGCCUGAAGCACACAAGGCACACACUUCAGAUCAGACAUGACAGAAAUCCUAAGAAACACUGGUCUCAAUGUUUGCAUUCCCUUUGCGUUCCUCAUUUACCAAAUACACAGAAAUGUUUCCCCUCAGCUCUACUUUGACCAGCAGUUUCUUUCCUCCCAAGACACCUCUGCCUCAGAUUUUAGUAUCUCAAGUUAAAAUAACAGGAAUCUACCUCCUUAUUCCUCCACCUUUCUUUCCUCCCUUUGCUUUAGCUAACACAGGAUUCUUUGAAAUAUGCAAGGAGUAAAUUCACUCUGAAUACUCUUUUAGGGUUUAAAACCAGAUAUUGUCAUUGUUCUUGUUUGUCUGUGAGAUCUGCAUGUUUCUGUGGAUGUUAUUAGGUGACUUAUCCUGAUUUGUGACGUGUCCCUCUCCAAAAAGUUUUUUUUAAAGUUUGACUGAAAUUGUUUUACUGUUCGCACAGCAAUCAAAACAAAUAAGUGUGUUUUCUUGUUGCUGAAAUUCGAUUAUCCAUUUGGGGUUUGUUUUGGGCUCAAAAAAGGAAACAAAUAAGGUAAUGACAUGUUUGGCCAAUUUUCUUUAUAUCGUUGGUAAAGAAGUAAGUUGAGUUGAAAGAAUCGUCAAGUCAUAUUAUUAUGACUAAUUUGAACCAACACAGUAAAAAAAAACAGAGGAUGAAAGCUGUUUUUCUGUAGCCAGACUUAUUUUGUAUCACUAUUUUAUCAGCAGCCCUUCUACCUUGGUAUACAGGCCUAAAGAGUAAUGACAGGUUUGUAGCUGAAGUGAUGUCUGUGGGUUCAUUCAAGUUUGCUCAAAAGGCUGAUCAGUGUACAGUGUGUGUUUUUGUUAAUCACAAAAUGGAAAAGGCAUAUUGUAUUAUUUUUGUACAGUGUUAAUAAUGUGAUUGUUCAGACCCUGUAUUUGGUAACAAAUAACUCGCCGUUUCGUUUCCAUCAGUUAUUUAAGUCAGUUACGUUAAGCAGUUUCUUCAGUCAACUUAUUCUUUAGGAAUUCAAAACAAAAGACCUGAGAUACUUCUGCUCUUCAUCUCCUGUAAACAUCCGUCUUUGCACACCUAAAAACAGCAAUCUGAGACAUUUUCGAUGUUUGUGUUAACUGUUGAGACCGUCAAUGGACAUUUUUCCUGUCACAACAAAUUGUUAAAAAAAAAAGGUUGAAAAAUCACAUUAUGUUCAAUUUGGAUCAUUUGUAGUAUAACCAGAAGUUUCAGUUUCUUUGGUCUAACUUGUGCAGUAUUCAGGCAGUUUCACAGUUCUAGCUCUUCAAAGAAGAGUGUGUUCAUUCUACACAUAUUUGUCAUCAUGCCUGAGAUUUGUUUACUGUUCAACGUUUUGAUUUUAAAUUCCUUGUACAAAUAUACUGUUGUUGAAUUCUUAGGUUCUUGUAUAGAUUUCACUGUGACAUACAGUAAAGGCUGUAUCUCAUUUAACAACACAAAGAGUUGUUUAAAAUAUACAUGCUCCUUUUUUUCAUGUGAAAAAUCAUCACAAACUCGUUCUACCAUCUAAUCCUGUUUUCUAUAUGUAACACAGGAAGCCAGGACUUUAUCUUUUGAUGGAUGUUUAUUCAAGUGAUGUUUAUUUGCAUUUUAGAGUUACAUUCACUAAUUUAUGUAGUAAAAUAAUUCAUAGAAAACCAAAGUUAAGAAAAAUAGAAUAUUUUUUUAUGGUCACAGUGAAUAUAAUCUGACCUAUUGCAGAAGAAUACAAUGGCUUGAAAAGUGCUCCACAACUGAAAAGAUGUGAUGGAAGUGUAAUGCAUGCAUGUGGUGCAGCAUGCAUCAGAGACAGGCAUUAGAAUGAGAAACAGACGGGGGGAAGGGGGAGCUGCUGUCAAGUCAUCAGUGCGUCAGUCCUGGUUUUUUAAAAAAUGAGCCUUUACAUCAGCAUCGCCUGUUAAGGUGCAGUUAAAAACCAGGCAGUCAUGCAAAUACUAUCACCUUAGAUUCAAGCCCCAUUCACAGACUUACAUGUACUGUACAUCUUUUUACAUGGAAGCUGGCUAAUCAAGUGUUAAUAAUACAGUAGAAUACUUUGUGCAGAGUAAGUUGCAUCAAGAGGUGAAAGUCUACCGCUCGCUGACCUUACAUGUGGUCCCCUGUGACUAACGUGUUCUCCUACAGUACAGGCGAAUCACUGUCUGUUUACAUUGCUCUCAGUUUAUUAGAUUACAUUGUUAAAGGUUCGUGUUUAUUAACUCUUUGAGCCAGAGUUUUCUGAAUCAGUCAACUGUCUUGAUUCUCCUUUUUCUGACUCGUUGGAAGGUAACUCCUCCUGGCUUGAGUUUAACUCAGCUCUGUUUGUCUGAGCAUUAGCAGGCUGACUUGCUGUUUGUGUCCCGUUCACACACACGACAGUCCCCUCUGAUUUGCUGAAACUAAACAGUUUCCCGGGACUGAAUGUCCUGUUAGGAGACUGUGAUCUCUCUUGGCCACCAGGGGGGACUGACGAGGCCACUGUUGAUCCUGGUGUUGCUCCAGCUGCUACAGCCGGCUCCUUUUUCACCUCAGGUGACUUCAAGAACUUGAGAAAUCCAGGCAGCUUUGCCUCUCCUCCAGUGGGGGACUGAGCUGGUGAGCGUGAGGUCCCUGAGGAGAAUUUUCCCUGCAGAGGGAUGAUCUGCUUAAGUUUCAUCACGUUGUUAUUCCCCAGAAGGGAGCUGGGUCUCUUGGGCUUUUCACCUGGUUUGCCCCCUGAUGUCUUGUCGUGGUGGUGUUGGUGUUGGGAGUCCGUUUUGUGGUAGUCACUAUCCUGGCGGGCCUCAGCCUGCAGCUCGGCCUGACGCUGGAGCUCCUCCUCCUCCCGGCGGCGUCUGAGCUGCUGCUGGAAGUGCUGCUGGGCCUGCUGCUCGUGUUUCUACAACAGGAGUCAGGUGAAGAAGAAGACACAGAGGAAGAGAGAAGCACAUGACACAGUAAGCACAUGGAAAAGACAGUGCUUAAUGAACAAGUGUAUAAAAUACAUGGCGGUAGUGAACGGAAAGUAACCAGGGAAAACUUUUCAGACCAGUGUGUUAAAUUAAAAGUAAAUAAACUUGUAUGUCUCAUUGUCUGAUGGUUUUCUUUUUAACAGCAUUGUCUGGGAGUGACGUUAAGUUUUGGUGCUUUACUCUCUCAGUCUUCACAGUGACAUCUGGUGGCUUCAGGCAACAACAGCAGCCCCUCAUGAAGCUUAACUCUCUCACUGAUAUCUAGAGUUUAGGAGAUCAAAGUUGAAGAUGACUAUUCAUUUUGAAAUAAACCUGUGUCUGCUUUGUGCAGAGAUUUUUCUUGAAAAGUGCUCAUAAAAUAACCUUGAACUAUCCAAACAGCCAAAAUACAAAAUCUAUCUGCUGACAGAAAUCAAUAAUGUAGCUGUAAUGUGAAGUUUGCAUUCGUGCUUUUAUGAACUUUUGUUGAUGAAACUUAUUUAUUUUAAAGCUCCUCUGAGUUUUUAGUGAUGUCUGCAUUUUACCCACACAAAAAAACACCAAUAACAACAAGACUGAUUAUUUUGGUUUGGUUCCUUUUGAAAGUACAAGUGAAGUUUAGAUGUUGUGUAAAUGUGAAUAAAAAGCAGAACACAAUGAUUUGCAAA